GUAGCCAAGCCCACUGUGAAAUUACAUUGAUCAUUGUUGUUUUUUUUCUCAAAAAUCUAGCUGUCCGCGUUUACAAAAAUAGCUCUGGACAAAUGAAAAUUCACAGUGGGUGUGGCUACCACAAUUUUUUCAGUGGGAAAAUUUUUUUCUAAAAAAAAAAAGCUCUGGACCAAUGAAAUUUCACAGUGGUAAUGCUACCACAGCUUUUUCAGGGGGGAAAAAACAAAAAAAUAACACUCAAAAAUCUAGCUCUCCAGUUUACAAAAAUAGCUCUGGACCAAUUAAAUCUCACAGUGGGUGUGGCUAAUACAACUUUUUCAGUUUUCUAACAAACAAACAUUCUGGUUAACAAAAACAGAUUUAAAAUUUUGAGAUUUGAUGUUAUUUUUCCAGCAGUGGCCAUUUUUUCCUUUCAGCUGAAAUACAGAAAUGCAAUAGAGAAGAAGUUCAUAAAUUUGUAUGCACUAUUCUCUACACAUAUGUCAUAUUUGAUUAAUCUGCAACUUUAAAAAAAAUAGGCUACACUACAUAAUUUUCACCCACCCUGUCGUUACAAGCACUACAGAUGAGUUUCUGACCUCUAAAAGGUUCGGCCAAAAAUUCAAAUUGUGCUUGUUAUUUUUUAAUUUUUUAAAAACUUUUUCCACUAUCCCGUGGUCUCUCAUACCGCACGUCUGACACCAUUACUGAUCCUGAAAUGUGAUUUGGCAUAUUUAUUACAUUACAAUUAGUGUAAUUUAAGACUUUCGUGCAGAUAUCGAGUUGAAACCCAGCACAAAUUAACAAUCAAACAGUUUAAAUUGAUUCCAAGAAACUCAUCACAGAAACAAAAGCCUGAAGUCAAGACGUCGCUCAUUUCAUUGCAUGCAACAAUGAGAGGAAUCUAUGCAAGCAUUAGCCAACAGUUUAAUGAAGUCAAGGCUUUUGCAAUGCAAACAAGCGGUCUUGACGUUAUCUGUUGUUGAUGCACUGUAACCAUCAACUCCAGAUGUCUCCUCUCCAGUUUGAAAAUCUGGAUGAAAGCAGCCAACUCGCUUGCAUUGGGUUUCCCACAGAAUUUGCCUCAUUAGUGUUAUAUAACUGUUAGAGUGCACUUGUCUGUUCUUUUAUCACAAUUACAUAAUAACCACUACCACAUCAUGCAAAUGUGUUGGAGUAGCGGUCGCUAAUGUGGUACUCGAACCCAAUCGGUGGGUCAAAUGUUUCUGUUAGAUGGUUUAUGGAAAAAUCUCAGUGUUUACACAGACAACGACACCGAUAGGCUGAACCAUCCCAGAGGAUUUCAGACUGACAUCUUAAGGGCACCACACAAUAACAGUCCUGUCCAUAAAUGGUAAGGCUUUUCUGAUUAGUGGUAAUAAAACUGGGAGUUGGCUUGUAAUACAACCACUGCUGAGCGCUAUAAAAAAUUGUGAAGUCAGUACUUUAAAAACAAUCAGUUCUGUUUGGACACAGGUUGACAUUGUAAACAUCGGUGAGGGGAUUUUCACGAUAUUAAAGACACUGGACAUAACGUUUUCCACUCUUGCUUAACGCUUGGACUACUAUUGUUUAUAUGGUUGUUACGACAUUUCUCGUAAUGAUAUUUUCAGUUUGAUGUGGGGUCGCCAGAUCUCAUCAACAUUUGAGUUGCAAUUGUUAACAAAGGACGUCUGUCAUUACAUGUACCGAUUUGGACAGGAGUUAAAGUGGAUAAUGUCCGUUGCCCAUUACCCAAAUCCUCUAAAGACAAGUUAGUCAGCUAAAUUGGCCAACAUGGUAAUGCUUCUGGGCAGCUAUUUGUACAGUAGUCAUCAUCUUGAAUGGGAAAGAGCAAUAUCGCAGAAUAUGUGUCACAAUUACAUUUUAUAUAAGACAAUAUCAUAAUCACUAUAUAAAUACCACAAUCAUGCACUCCUGUCCAGGUGGGAUUAGACUUCUUCGAGGAUGUCUGAGUUAGCUGAAAAACAUUCAUUUGUUUCAUAAUUGAUAGAGGUUUUGUGAGAAAAAUACAGGCUUGUUUAAUUCAAAGUAUGCUACAGAAACACAAAAAUACCUUAGAAAAAUAGUCCCAUCUGAAUAGACUUGAGUCGCCUUUUAGCGUUACAAUACAUCUCUGUAUCUUCUGUGGCUUGUGUGCAUAUGUCUAUGUGUGUGGGGCAUGCUGCUUUGUUGGCAGGAUGUUGGGAAGCUGCUGCCAUCAUGAUUCUCGCACAUAUGCAUAUCUGCACAUGUUAAAAAGGAAAUUACAUAUGUGGAGAAUGCAUUGUGUUCUAGAUUAAAGAUUGAUCGUAAGUGUGAUGGUUUUGAUUAAACGUCAGGUUCAGCCAACACAAAUGACUUUGACAAAUCAUAUUGAGCUUCUCAGUUCUGAUGCCCUUAAAAAGGUUAAAAUAAUGUAGAUAUAUACAUAGCAAUAUAUAGCAAUGUGCAUGCUGUUUCACUGUAUAUACAUAAAAUAGCAGGUAUUGCAACUUGUGAAAACUCGUAAUAAUUUUAAAACAAUAUAAUAUUUAGUUGAGACAAGAUAUUAAUGCUGUAUCUUUUAUUCAAUGCAUGUCUUAAUGCACUAGCGGAUUUUAUUUCUGGUUUUUAAACUCACUUUCACUGCCAGUAAAGCAAGACACAAUAAAUAUACAUUCUCUAUUCUCUAUAGCAUUUAUUAUGCAAUGUUAAAUGCUAUCCUGCUUUAAGAAUGUUUAGAAAUUGUAACUGGGGAAACAACAUCAUCAACAACAUAAGACUAAUUCAUCUCAGGUUUUAAUGUGUAUAUGAAUAGUGUUGUCAAUAAUCAUUACAUUACUAAUGAACAAAGAAAGCACAGUAAUGAGAUAAAUAUUAUUGAAAUAUUGAGUAUAUUCUGUGCUGACUGUUCUGAUAGGAGGCUGUUAGACUCCUCUGUUGAGAGUCAUUCACAGAGUAUCGCCCCUCUCAUACUUCUAUAAAGGGAGGUGGUCCUCCAGUCUCUCCUGAUCCUUCUCUCUCACGCACUCUUCGACACACUGAACAGACCUGCUCACCAUACAGGACACGAUGUGGCUUGCUGUGUUUUACAUAUGGGGAAGCCUGUUUGCAUUUUCUGUGUGUCACAUCUGCCCAGAGACCUCCGAGGACAUUGCUUCAUGGGUAACGCUGAAGUCCCUGGGGCACUGCGGGGACGAGGAGAACUUGUGCCCUUAUCAGCUCACCCUCCCUCCUCUCUCCAUCCAGCUUCCCAGGCCUUCUAGGGAGCUGGAGAAAAUGGCCAAGGAGCUGCAGGACCUAAAGGAAGUUGUUAACCAGCUAAGGAGGGACUGCCAAGAAUGUAAGGACAGACAUAGUAUCCAGAUAAGUGGACAGAAAGAAUACGGCGAGGAAAAGGAAAGAAGACCUCAAAUUCCAAGGCAUAACAUCAGAAUCAAGGAGACACAAAGUCAAAGUGGAGAACAAGUGGUCCGGAUCUUAACUUCAACCUUACUGCAAGGAGACACAUCAGAAAGUGAGGGAACCAUCAAGGAUGGCGUGAAGAGGCUCGAUCAUUCCAUUUUGGAAAGUCAGGAAUGGAACAUUGCCCCAAGGAUUUUUCCAAACCAAGGCACAACAGAUCAGAGGUCUGAGGUGAGCAGAGAAGUAAAAAUAUUUAACCCCUCACUUGAUGAGACACCUGAGGACAUAUCCAAGGUCAAACCGGUGCUCUCGCCUACACCUGAGGAGUCAGAGAGGGAAUUGAAGUCUAAGCAAAAUGUAUUAGUAGAACCAUCCCUUCCUAGAAAAAAAGACGCCGUACAAUCCUCAACCCAUGGGAAACAGCAACCAAACAUUCUCAGAGAUGGACAUGUAAAGAACAUCAGUGGCAUCCUGAUGGCGAGAAGAAGAGUGCAGAAUGUGUCUGAUUCGAAUGGAUUAAGCGGCAUUUCAAGGGAUGCUAACACUAAGAUAAUGGAUUUAAGCACAUCAGCUGGGAACAGAAGGGUUGUAAGGUUUCCUGGAGUAGGUGGACCACUGAGGCCAAAGGGAUCUUACAUAAACAGUAGAGUUGUCAAGGUUACCAAUGAAGACAGACUGAAGAACCCUGCUUUAGUGAGGAGCCACAAUCUACAAUCCGGGGACAUGACGGGCAAGACUGAGACAGAAGAAGCUGGAUUUUCCCCAGUGAGGAGUGGCGUUAUGCGGGUCAAGGAAACAAGUCCUCAUAUAGCAAACACAAAACCUGGUGCAAUUACUGGGCCAACCCUUUCAACAGAUGACCAAAACAAUCAAGACAUAAGUAGGGUUCCCAGAACAGAUGACGGACAUGUCCUGAAAGAUGCAAGCCAAGUAGCUAAAAUUAUGGAGGACAAUUCAAGAAAAGUAAACAAGACUGGGAUUACAAGACUCCCAACAAAUCUGAGGAAAGAAAACCAGGGUGAUGUGAGUCACAUAGCCACAAAUAAGUCAAUCUCUAGUGUUAUGAAACAAGCUGAACAGCCAAACACGAUUAAAGAGGAAAAAAAGCACAUGGGACUGGGUGAAAGUCUGGUAGUUAUUAGUAGUGAGGAAGAGACUAGCUCCAAUUUGAAUAGAGAGGACUUGACUUUCCAAGGAAGACAGGUGGAAAAUGAAAAAUAUCUAAAUCCAAUUACAGAAACUGAUAACAGACACACCGAUUUAAAAAUUUUGGAUAAAGCUGACAGCACUUUCAAUGAAAGGCGAGUUUUGGUGGGAAAGUCCAAUUCACAGUCUGGGGACAUAGCGGACAAGCCUGAGCCAGAAGAGACUGGAUUUUCCCCAGCGAGGAGUGGCGUUAUGCGGGUCAAGGAAACAAGUCCUCGUAUAGCAAACACAAAACCUGGGGCAAUCAGUGGACUGACCCUGUCAACAGAUGACCAAAACAAACAUACAUCAGACAUCAGUAGGUCUUCUGGUCCCAGAACAGAAGACGGACAUGGCUUGAAAGAUGCAAGCCAAGUAACUAAAGUUAGGGAGGACAAUUUGAGAAAAGUAAACAAGUCUGGGAUUAUAAGACUUCCAACAAAACUGAGAAAAGAAAACCAAGGUGAUGUGAGUCACAUAGCCACGAAUAAGUCAAUCUCUACUGUUAUGAACCCAGGCGAACAGCCAAACAUGGUCAAAGAGGAAAAAAGGCACAUGGGACUGAGUGAAAGUCUGGUAGUUAUUAGUAAUGAGGAAGAGAUUAGCUCCAAAGCGGAUAGAGAAGACUUGACUUUCCCAGGAAUACAGGUGGAAAAUGUAAAAUAUCUAAAUCCAAUUACAGAAACAAAUAACAGACAAAUUGAUUCCACAAUUUUGGACAAGGCUAACAGCACUUUUAUUGAAAGGACAGUUAAUCCACUGUCUCCAGAUCUUAAAGAUCAGAUGCAGCCAGGAACGUUCAUUGAAGGGGAAAAUGAUCAUAUCGGGGUCAACUCAUUGAGUGCAGGAACUAUGAAGAAGGACAUACCAAGCCACAGUAAAGCCACCCUGCCGGAAAAAGAUCUGGUGAAGCCCACUCUUGUCCCAACUGUAAAGAGUGAAUUGACUGAUAGUACAGUGAAUGUGACCAGUAGGGUUCAAUCACAAGUAGUAGGCCAGGGGACAAGGAGAAUUUCAGUAACUCCACUCAAAGCUCCAGCUGGAGAGGGACCGUUUCAGAACAGCAGGAAAAACAUCAGCAAGAUACGUGGAGUAAGUCAAGACAACAAAAGGUAUGUGAUGCCAAACCCAUUAAGACACCCCGAUAGACAUCCAACAACUGUGAUUUCACAGAGAGUCAACAAACUAAGACAACCUAAUGUGAUGGACAACAUGUCAGCAAACAAAAGUGUUGGGGUACAUUCAAAGCUGUCAGUCCCAGUCAGAAAUACCAAUAUUGCCAGGAAAAAUGGCUCUGCAAUUAUAAGACCAAGCUAUGUAAGGAGGUCAAACUUUCAAACUGAGCCAAACACAACCAGACGCUUCAAGACAAAGGUAAGCACAGUGACUCAAUUCUCCAGUCCCACUGGUGUAACAGAACAAGACCAAACAGAAGAAAUCAAACACAUUCCGCAGGUGAUGAGGUCAAAUGUAUUGGAUAAUAAAUGGUUAAAAAACAACAGUACAGAGUCACAAUCACAACCAGAGUCUCAAAAUUCAAGUAGUGUACAAGAUUUGGAUAAGGUUCAACAAAGUAAGAACCAACUUAGAGACAACAGUGAGACUGGGAGUACAGAGAAUCCUAACAAUCUGGAAAGUGGAGCCUCGAAUUCACCUACUGGUCAGAAAGAAAGCAAGAUUUUUAGUUUGAGAACUGAAGAUACCAGCAAUCAACCACCAUUUGAGGUGGACAAGAUCAGCAGUGGAAAGAAAGGACCAACUGCACCAACCUUAAAGAAAGGGUUAUCUAAGGAACCAGGAGCAAAUCUAUUCACCACCUCGACAGUCUCUUUUACAGACACAGACCAUAAAGACAGCUCAAAAAAUAUUCAUAGAGUGACAAAUACACAUGUUGAAAUAGCUAAAAACAAUAGUUGGGAAACACCCAUAAGCUUUGAAAGUAUCGGAGCAACAAGAGAACUGGAACUUAUUAAAAUUAAUGAAGACAGAGUGGAAGAAAACUCUGGGGAGAUAUUAUCUAACCCAAACAGUGCGGACACUGCCCAAGGGUACAGUGGAGAGAGGAACACAAUACCAGUUGUUUUGGAAACGCUUACAAAUGUUGAAGAAAUUAAAGGUUCAAAGCUUUUCUCACUCAGCCCUGAGGACACUGCUGAGGGGUUUAAAUCACAUGCAGUCAGUGAUGAGGUAACAGGGAGAGAGCAAGUAGAGAAUAAGAUACACAGCACCUGUGACAGUGAUUGUAACACUGCGUCAACACAACAGUCUACAGCCCAGACCAGGCCUCCAGUGGACUCUGGAAGAGAAAAAGGACCUGCACAAGAUUGUGCUGAUUACAUUACGAAAUCCAGAAGGAAUGGUGUAUAUAGAGUAAUGCUGAAGCCAAAGAGCAGCAUGUUUCCUGUUUUCUGCGACAUGGAGUCUUCUGGCGGGGGCUGGACUUUGAUACAGCAUCGCUUUGAUGGCAGCACAAGUUUCAAUCGCACAUGGGACGAGUACAAGAAUGGAUUUGGUAAACUAAUAGGGGAGUUUUGGCUUGGCAAUGACAAGAUUCACUUGUUGACAAAGGCAAAGAACAUGUCAUUGCGAAUAGAAAUCGAAGACUUUGAGGGUAUCAAAGAAUAUGCCCAUUAUGACCACUUCUAUGUGGCCAAUGAAAGCCAACAAUACCGCUUGUCCAUUGGUGGUUACUCCGGUACAGCUGGUAAUGCCAUGCAGUUUAGUAAGAAUUACAAUCACGACCAGAAGCUCUUUACCACUCCGGACAGAGACAAUGACCAGUAUCCCUCUGGAAACUGCGGGGCAUAUUACAGCUCAGGCUGGUGGUUUGACGCAUGCAUGUCAGCAAACUUAAAUGGGAGAUAUUAUCAAUCAAAGUACAAAGGGGUACGUAAUGGGAUAUUUUGGGGUACGUGGCACAACAUUACAAUGGAAUAUUACCCAACCAAUGACAGACAAUCUUUUAAGACUGUUAAAAUGAUGAUUAGACCUAAAAACUAUGCUAAGUAAUAUUAUACCCACCAAUUCUAAAACUUACCAACCAAAAUUAAGCUCUCUUUUGAAGUUAGUUGCUACUCGUGUUUAUUGCUUUAUUACUAGAAAAUUUAAGUGUGGUGUCAGAACUUGAAUAAACAUUGAUAAAUGUUUCUGUAUCUAUGUUGUUAUUUUUUAUUAGUGGAAUACAUAGAAUACACAACUGAGUCCUCUUGUGUUGCUUUGAAAAUAAUAUUGUAUUGCAUAAGACAUAUGAAACCAUGCUAUUUACAGAUUCAGCUAUUAUCUUGUAUAUUGUAUUUUUUUUAUUUUUAUAAAAUGUUUGUAAGUCUGGGCUAAUCCAUGACUAUGUUUACCUGGAUAUUUGCAGAAUUUCAGAUGCCUGUUUUUUUUUUUUUUUUUAAUACAAAUAGCUGGAUUUUACCAGCUGAAUAAAAGCGUCUGUAAUUUUCUAUUAUUGUAGAAAUUUUGAAUUAACACCGUGUUAUUUUCAAACAUUGUAUGUAUGUACACCCCAAAAAGACAGAUGACUCUUUCUAAGAGAAAAUGUCAAUUUCAGUUAAAAAGGAGGAUCAUAAUUU